AAUUCCAGGUGUGCUAUUGUGUUAAGCUAUGCUUUCAUCGAUAUGUAAUGGAAUGAUAUGGGUUGCAUGUAAUAGUAAUAAAGCAACAAUGGGACGUUCAGAAUUUGGCUUACUACUUCCAUCGAUUUAUAACUCACAACAAUAUCGUGGACGCAAGCGUAACCUGAAACGCGCUCUUACCAAGCAAGAACGUCAGGAAAGGCGGUUGAAACGAGAAGCAAAAGAAGCAGAACGGAAAAAGUACACCUUCAUGCAAAGAAUUCAAAUCUCACGGAUGAAACAAAUGACCUCUAUUUCGGAACAAUUUCCUGGUCGCUUCAAUCCAGCGAAAGAAGCACAUUUGCCGGAUAAGCCAACCACAAAUGUUUUCAUUCGAAGUGCCUACAAAACUCAGUAUUACUCAGUUUCAGAAGCAUUACGAAUGCAUAGGGAAAUGCAACAACCAUCUAUUUACAACAAUCCGAAUGCGCGCGUUCGUUUACGAAUGGAACUGAAUAUGACAACGGAAAAGAAGACUAAAAUGGUUGCCGAUUCCGAAGAGUUGGUACCAAUUCCCUAUCCAUUCAAGCAUAACGAGAAAAGAACAAUAUUGGCAUUUGCAUAUGAGCAACAUAAUCGGGAUAUGGCCGUUGAGGCCGGUGCUGAAAUCGCACUAGGUCCUGAUGUGAUCAAAAAGAUUAUUAAAGGAAUGUUCCGAAUUGAUGAUUAUGACUUCUGCGUUGCACACACUGACAUGGCUUCCAGUAUUCUUCCCUUACGAGGGAUUUUGAGAUCACGUUUUCCAAAUAAAAUCAAUGGUGGUCUUGGUGAUAACUUUCAAGAAAUCAUUGACAAAUUCAAGAAUGGUGUAAAAUUAGCGAUUCGAGGUGAUCCAAUCAUGCCUAUUUGGGGUCUUUGUGAUACUGUCAUAGGACGGUUAUCAAUGGAUGAUAACGAAUUGGAAGCAAACAUUGUAGCUGUUAUUGAGGCUUUAUGUAAACAUCGAAAUCCUGCUCUAGGGCCAUUCAUCAACCGUGCAUUGCUCAUGGUUAUACCUGGUGAUGCUCAUUUUGCUCUUGAUGUCAACCCAUUUUUGCCGAUCCCAACAGAAAAAGAGAUCGAAAAAGUCGAAAAACGAACGAAAAAAAAGAAAGGACCAGAAGCUGAGAAGGUUGACAAUUCCGAGGCUUCAUCAUCUAUUGCUGAAGCUUAACCUUACAAUCUCCGCAAACUUUCUGUGUAGAUUUGUUUCGUUUAGUAUUCCUGAUAUAUUGCUAUCAAGACACAUAUGAUGUAUCUGCCUUUUCACUCAUAGUUUGGCCGGCCUUCCAAUUCACACUUCGUACAGCGUGAUGUGGAGCUACGAACUCAUGUCCACUUGACAAGGGAGCCUAUAAAUAUCCAAGUGCACUUGCAAAGUUUAUCCUCCUCCUUUCAUUUACAAGCCAGUGUAAGGCUCCCUGCACACAUCUGAAUAAAUUUUUUUCUCCAUA